UUAAUUUAAUGGGGAAAACUUUGUAAAAAUUUAGAAAUUUCAGGCUCUGACGUCUUUAAAAUGUGCACUUCGGCUGAAUCACAGUGAAUCUAGAUGAGGAGGAUCCGACCCGGUUUGUGACCCACAUAACACGCAAACACUUGAAAGAAACCGAACAACCCUUCACAAUCGAACCACAAAAUAAUGCUACAAUUACUAAAGCACAGGAGAAUUACGGUGGGUCGCUUCCAUCACCGAUGGAUGAGCAGCAAAUCAACGGUGAUGAGCUUUGGUGAUGGAAGUCACGGAGCAUUGGGCCUACCUGGGCCCAUUAUUGGUAUGGGCUCUGAUGCUUACGAGCCCACUCCAAUUCCGGGCCUGCCGCCCGAUAUUGUUACUAUAGCCCCCGGUCAUUUUCAUUCCUUAGCAGUUACUUCUCAAGGACAUGUUUGGGGUUGGGGACGGAAUAAUGAAGGACAACUCGGCCGUCAUCCUCUUUCUCCUAGAGAAACAUGGAAUGAACCAAAAAGAGUAGAAGGACUAAAUAAAGUGAGAGUUCAAGCCGCAUUUGCAUCAGGUGUCAUUUCUGCCGCCUUAGGAGACGACGGAUCUCUGUGGGUUUGGGGAAGUUCUAAGCAUGGGCAGCUUGGUCUUGGCAAAGGAAUCACCAAGGCUGCAUUACCUUCCAAAGUUGAAACAUUUUCUGGAGAAGAGAUAGUUAAGGUCUCAUUAGGUUGGGGGCAUGCUCUCGCGCUGGCUAAGAAUGGGAAUUUGUUCGGCUGGGGAUACUAUGCAGAUGGUAGAAUCGGCAAGAUUGGAAGAGAGUUGGAGAUCUCUCCUCUGGAAUCAAGACAAGAAUUUUCUGGAAUUGAAGCUGCUGAGAAGUCAGUUAUGGAAGCUAUUGAGAAGGAAAAGGAUAUGCCAAUAAUUUGGGAGCCCGGUUCGAUUGAGGAGCUACAUGAGUUAAAAGUUGCAGAUGUAGCUUGUGGCCUUGAUCACUCUCUAGUCCUUUGCUGUGAUGGGACACUAUUUAGUGGUGGAAGCAAUGCGUAUGGCCAGUUAGGAAGAGCGAACAAAGACUUGGGAUUGCGACCAGUUGAUAUACGCUUCCGUCCUCUCGCUAUAGCUUCGGGUUUAGGGCAUUCUUUGGCAGUUUGCCACGACCCUUCAUCAGAAGCAACAGGAGAGGCAACAAGUGUUGUAUCAUGGGGAUGGAACCAAAGUUCUCAACUCGGGAGAGAAGGACCAGAUAACAUUCCUCAGGUUGUUGAAGGGCUUGCUGGUGAGACACCUGUUUCUGUAUCGGGGGGUCGGGCACAUUCCCUUGCUCUCACAGCUAAGAAAGAGGUCUGGGCUUGGGGCACUGGGAGGAACGGGAGGCUUGGAUUGGGCAGCUCUGUUGACGAAGCGGAACCUAUGUUGGUUGAAUAUUUGGAAGGUUCUGUAGUUGUUCAAGCUGUUGCAGGGUUGGAUCAUAGUCUUGUUCUAGUUGCUGAAUAAUGCAGUGAGAAAUUUAUACAUAUUUGUAUAUCUUCCUCUGAUUUAUUUUUCUGUUUGUUUUAGCUUAACUUGCUCUGUUUAGAUAAAGUGGUAGAACUACUUGGGUUUACCAUCCAACAUCAGAUGAAGUUGUCAAAUUGUUUGAUCAUGAGAACAUUUCUGGUUUCCCCAGUGGGGUAACUUGCCCUA